AUGUCCCCAACAAACAAGUCGCGGGUUACAGAGUUCAUUCUUCUUGGCUUUGGAAACAUCUACAGCUUCAACAUUUUAUACUUCAUUGUAUUCCAAAGUAUUUUCCUCUUUACGUUAAUCGCAAAUCUUUUGAUCAUUGUGUUGGUUUCAAUCAGCCAUCACCUUCAUUCUCCCAUGUAUUUCUUCCUUUGUCAUCUGUCACUGUCUGACAUCCUGCUUACAACAAAUACUCACCCCAACCUUCUGGCUGCGCUCUUGCUGGGUAAAAAAAAAGUGUUGUUUCUUGAUUGUAUAACUCAAUUCUAUUUCUUUAGUGGCACAACUAUUACAGAAUGUUUCCUGCUCGCAGUGAUGUCCUAUGAUCGAUACUUGGCCAUUUGUGUCCCUUUGCGUUAUAUCACUAUCAUGGACUUUACAUUGCGUAUGUGUCUGUCUGUCUUGCCUUGGGUUUUGGGAUUUUUAUUAAAUCUAAUAGCCGUCAUACCUGUUUCCAAAUUUCAGUUCUGUGAUGGAAACAUUAUUGACCAUAUAUAUUGUGACCUGUCCCCUCUCCAAAAACUUUCAUGUUCGGACACAUCCCUUGCAGAGUUUGUUGUUUUUGUAUUUUCUACCCCAAUAUUUAUUUGUCCUUGUGGUUUUAUUGUACUGACGUAUGUCUAUAUCUUCCUUACAAUACUUAAGAUACCAUCCACAACAGGAAGACAGAAAGCUCUUUCCACCUGCAGUUCACAUCUUCUCAUAGUGAGCAUGUUUUAUGGGACAUUGAUAACAAAGUACAUGAUACCAUCUACAGGCCAUUCACUGACUGUGAACAAGAUAAUAUCUUUGCUACAUACUGUAUUUACCCCAUUAUUUAAUCCUAUCAUAUAUUGUCUUAGAAACCAGGACAUCAGGGUAGCUUUAAAAAAAUUUUUAUCCAGAUAA